AUGCCGAAUCCUCCGGCAAAGGAAGAUACUUGGGCAUUUGGCCCGAUUGGAUCGCCAUUUCCCGAUAAUCCGGUUAAGGCGCUCGGACAAAAUAAUAUGUAUGUGGCGUUGUGGUAUAAGAACGGACAGCCGCUGCAUGGAAGAGCGUGGAACAACGGAGGUGUUAUUGAGUGUUCAUUCCCGUACAAAAAAGCUGAGCUCACAGGUAUUAAAGACCUAGGAGGGCAGAUUCAGAUUCUACAAUAUGCUGGCGAUCACAAUUCGUUAGGUUAUUGGUAUGAAUGGAUUCGUUACAAAGAUCGAUUCGAAAAAACGGAGGAUAGACAGAUGGUGAAGUGUGGUGAUUCAUUACCGAUCUUCUGGAAGGAUAGACCUGGAGGAGCGAUUUUGGGAUAUUUGGAUAACAAGACCGAGACUGCUUGGUUCUCGCAUGAUGGCAAGGCAGAAAGUUAUCAAGGUACACCACUUGGUAAUAUGUGGAUAAUUGUACGUAACAUCAAGGGUGGACCACCGAAUUGUGAAUGUGGCAUUUGCCCUCCGCCCCCACCACCUCCACCCGUGCCAGCUCCAGGUCCACCACCACCAUUGGUAAUGCUCGACGAAUGGUUGGAUUUGAAAAUGGGUGAUCCAUUCCCAACGAAGAAUCUUGUCAAAGCACUUGGCAAAUCACUGGACACAAUCGCUGGACAGAAUCCAGAUCAAUACGUUGCACUUUGGUAUAUGCAAGGUGAACCGAUUAUGGGUCGUAUUUGGAAUGAUAAUGGACGUGUUGCGGCAUCAUUCGGUUGGUUCAAUAAUGAAUACAGCAGUAAAGUUGGUUCCCUCCAAGUAUUGGUUGAAAUGAGUGAUGCUGUCCGUGGCUUUAACUACAGUUGGAUACCGUUCUCGGUAUGCGGUCAGUUCGGACAAAAGGAAUGGAUACCUGUUUAUGUUGAUUAUCCCAAAGGAAUUAUUUCACCGUGUGUUGUCGACUAUGAUGGAAAACAAAUUCUUGGCAAGGUUGAUAUCCGUAACGAAAGGGCGAGUGCAUCAUAUAAUGGCAAAGAACACGUUCUUACUGGGCCAAAGGUACAACCGCAAAUGGUUCUCUGCCGUAAAGCUAAACCAGGAUAUCAAUUCGAAUCGAUGCCUUGGUGA